AUGAAUAUUGAAGUCCCAAUGGAUUGGCGUGUUGCCGUUGAAAAGAUAAAGCCACCGGGUCCUUCAUAUGCUGAUAAUAUACCAGAUGAAAUGCCCGAAUUUGAGAAUUAUCAAAAUAUUUUAGAUAAUGAUACCACUCUAAAAUAUAUAGAUAUCAAGCGCGAUAAAACAGAAAAGAUGAUAGAAUCAGCAGAAUACUUAAUUGAUAAGAUAAAAGAAUGCAAAGAACAGCUACAACUUGCUGAAGAUAAAAGAAAAGUUAUUUCCGCAAAUGCAGAGCUUAUUCAUGGUGAGUGUGAUUCACAGCUAGCAGCUGAACAGAGAUUAGACAUAUUUGUACGCUCAAUUGAUUCAAUUUUACAUUAUUUUGAUGAUUUAGAAAAAAUUACAGUAGAUUUCAAAUCACCCAUCUUUUCGGUUCUCAGUCCAGAUUUCCAAAACAACCUCAAAAUUAUAGAAAACGGAAUUAGAUUUUUCGAAGUUAAUCCAAAAUUCAAAGAUUCAAGAAACUAUUAUCUUAAAUAUCAGUCAAAUCAACAGAAAGUUACAGAUCUCAUCAAAGAUUUCAUGUCUACAACAUUUAAUCGCAUAUCAUAUUUAAUUCUUUUGAAUAAGAGAGAUGAAGCUCAAUAUAAGAAUGAUAUAUACGUAAAAUUCAUUACUGAUACAAAUAGAAUACGCAGAUUAUAUACAAUGUGCGAAAAAACGCCAAAUUUCUUAGAUAUUUUAAGCAUUUACAAAGACACGAGAAUUAAGUUACUGACUCCGAUUCUUUCAGUUCCUAUUUGUGAGAUUUCCAAUUUAAGAAGUCGUGCAAUGGAAAUUUUAAAUUAUUGUCUGAAAGAACACGAGUUGUGCAAGAAUUUCUUUAAUUUUGAUGCUCACCCGUCAUAUGGAAAAUGUUUUGCUGAUUUAGUUUCGAAUAUUGGCCAACUUUUUUAUCAAUCUUGUAUUUCUACCUUAUUAAGAGUUACAGACGUCAAAGAACUCUCAAAUGCAUGCAUAGUUUUAAGUGGGCAGAUGCUCCAAGAUGAAAUUAGCCGCACACCGAUCGGUUCUGAGAAACUUCGGAAAUAUUUUUCAACUUUACUUUCAGAUGCUCAAGAAAGACUAUUGUUUAGAGUUGAAUUAUCAUCCCAGGAAGCAACAUCUGACCCUCAAAAUGCUUCAUUGAAGACAAUUGACUUAUUAUCUUUAUUAUACUACGCAUUACCUCCUGAAACGUUCGGAGAAGUCGCCUGUCAGCUUCUUACCAAUUGUCUACAGACGAUUAUCAAUGAAUCAAAGAAGUUUAAAGAGGAUCCAAUUGAAUCUGACGCUUAUUUACUCGGCCACUUAUUGAUCCUUAGGGAUCAGCUCGGAAACUUCGAUUCCAAGUUCGUUGGAACAACCCAAUCCAUCGAUUUCGAACCAGUUACCGAGUAUUUGUCGAGAUUAUUAAGGUUUGAUUCAACUGCUUAUCAAUUGAAGGGCGAAAAGGGUCUUUUAUAUAGUGUUGCCAAUCUAACAAGGGUUGUUUCGUCAACUAUUGAUGCCAGAAAGGAUUUGGAGAGCCAAACAUCGUUAACUUUCAAAUCUUUGACUUCAAAUGCAACUCAAAUGCUUGUUCAGCCACUUGUCAAUCUUAUUGCAAGAAAAGGAAAGGAGAAAAGCCAGAUUCUUUCAGCAAUUGAAGGUGUAAAAACAAUUGUUUCAGAACAUUUCAAAACUUCCAUUGCUUCAAAGAUUACAGCUCACAUUGAGAAAAAGGACCACUUACAAGCUGUUUUGGAGAUCUUGAAAGCAGAAUUAAUCAAAGUUUUGAACGAAUUUAUUCAAUUUGUAGGUGAAGUUGAUGAAGAGACCAAAUUGCAAUUAGAUUCACUUGUCAAACUAUUUAAUGAUUUAUCUUUAUAA